GAGGUUUAUGAAAACAUUUUUAAAAGGUCUGAAAGAGAUAAAAGUCGUGCGUGAAAUCGUCUCCUAAUAUCUUGUGGCGCAAAUGUAUCGGUCAAGAUUAUCUCUACUGAUUAUAAAAAAGUUAUCUCGUCAGCUUCAUUUAACAUCAAAUGCUAAAUAUGCCACUGAUUUGAAAAUGCCUGAAGCAUGGGUAACAAAAGCAAAAAAAGUUUUGAAAGGUAAAGAUCCUCUGGAAGUUUUAGGAUGGCAUACAGCUGAGGGAAUACUGGUGAAACCUCUUUAUACUAAAGAAGAUACUAAAGAUAUACAAGAUGAGUUGCCUGGUUUCUAUCCCUAUACGAGAGGGCCAUAUCCAACCAUGUAUUCUCAGAGGCCAUGGACUAUACGCCAGUAUUCUGGGUUUAGUACUGUUGAGGAGAGUAAUGCCUUUUACAAAGAAAACAUAAAAAUGGGCCAGCAAGGACUCUCAGUUGCAUUCGAUCUUGCUACUCAUUGCGGAUAUGAUUCUGACAACAGCAGAGUUUUAGGAGAUGUUGGUAUGGCCGGAGUUGCAGUGGAUUCUGUGGAAGACAUGAAAACACUCUUUGAUGGAAUUCCUUUGGACAAGAUAUCAGUUUCUAUGACAAUGAAUGGAGCUGUUAUUCCUGUACUAGCAAUGUUUAUUGUAGCUGGUGAAGAGCAGGGUGUUAAGAAGGAGUUACUUUCUGGAACGAUACAGAAUGAUAUCCUCAAGGAAUUUAUGGUUCGAAAUACAUACAUUUACCCUCCUGACCAUUCUAUGAGAAUUAUUGGAGACAUUUUUGAAUAUGUGUCAAAAAAUAUGCCAAAGUUUAAUUCCAUAUCUAUUUCUGGCUAUCACAUUCAAGAAGCAGGUGCCAAUGCUACUCUUGAACUUGCAUUUACUAUAGCAGAUGGAUUGGAAUACUGUAGAACUGGUUUGAAAGCUGGUCUAAGCAUUGAUGAUUUUGCACCUCGCUUAUCAUUUUUCUGGGGCAUAGGAAUGAAUUUUUAUAUGGAAAUAGCAAAAAUGAGAGCAGCACGUAGAUUAUGGGCGCAUUUAAUAAAAGAAAAAUUUAAUCCUAAAGAUUCAAAAUCGUUAAUGUUGAGGACUCACUGUCAAACAUCUGGAUGGUCUCUAACAGAACAAGAUCCUUAUAACAAUAUUGUCCGUACUGCAAUUGAAGCAAUGGCAGCUGUUUUUGGUGGAACCCAGUCCUUGCACACAAAUUCCUUUGAUGAAGCUUUAGCCUUACCCACAAAAUUCAGCGCAAGAAUAGCAAGGAAUACUCAGAUUAUUCUACAAGAAGAGAGUGGAAUUCCUCAUGUGAUAGAUCCGUGGGCCGGGUCAUAUAUGAUGGAAUGUUUGACAAAUGAAGUAUACGAAGAAGCUAAAAAAAUUAUUAAUGAGGUAGAAGCACUAGGAGGAAUGGCAAAAGCUGUUGCUAGUGGAAUGCCUAAACUUCGAAUAGAAGAGUGUGCUGCUAAAAGGCAAGCUCGCAUAGACAGUGGGAAAGAAGUCAUAGUGGGGGUUAAUAAAUAUCAAAAAGAGAAAGAAGAUCCUAUUGAUGUUCUGGUGAUUGAUAAUACAAAAGUUUGUGCACUGCAAAUAGAAAAAAUUAAGAAAAUUAAAGCAACCAGGGAUUCUGAUGUGGUUCAACAAGCUUUAAAAGCCAUUACAGAUUGUGCUCGGACUGGAAAUGGGAAUUUAUUAGAUCUUGCAGUAACAGCUGCUAGUAACCGAGCUACAGUUGGAGAAAUCACUCAAGCUAUGGAAGAAGUUUUUGGAAGACAUGUUGCCGCCGAUAGAUUAGUGUCUGGUGCUUACAAAUCUGAAUAUGGUGAAUCAGAAGAAUUAGAAGCUGUCAGGUUAAAAGUAGAAGCAUUUCUGGAAGUAGAAGGAAGAAGGCCACGUGUGCUCGUAGCUAAAAUGGGUCAGGACGGGCAUGAUCGUGGUGCAAAAGUUAUUGCUACAGGAUUUGCAGAUUUAGGAUUUGAUAUUGAUAUCGGGCCUUUAUUUCGAACUCCAGAUGAAGUAGCUCAGCAGGCUGUUGAUGCUGAUGUUCAUGCUGUAGGUGUAAGUAGCUUAGCAGCUGCUCAUAAAACCCUAGUUCCUCAACUAGCAAAAGCUCUGAAGGAUCUUAAAAGAGAUGAUAUAUUAAUUUUUGUUGGUGGUGUGAUUCCUCCUCAAGAUUAUGAUUUCCUGUAUAAAGCUGGAGCGGCAGCCAUAUUUGGUCCAGGAACUAAAAUCCCAGCCUGUGCAUCACAAGUUGUUGAUCUGAUAUCAAAAUCAAUUCAGGAAAAGGAAAGGUUAAAAGUAUAAUAAUAAAAAUGCUCGAAUCUCUUAGUUGACACAAUAUAAAAAUCUCACUUUUCCCUUGAUGAGAACUUCAGAAAAUAUUUUUGUAUGAAUCUCAUGUUAUUUUUUACUGAAAUGUACAAAUAUAAAACUUAUUACACAAUAAAAAUCUGUUACUAUUGCUA